CGGGCGUGGAAGGCGCUAAAGUUGCGCGACCCUCGGCGCGCUGUUGGGGGCGCCCUCCGCGGCGGGCAGCGCGCCAGGGACCGGCCUCCGCAGCUCUGGGCGCGAGAGGCUACACUUUCCCUUCGCCCCCCGCCCUCGUUUCCUCCCGCGCGGCCGCAGCGGAGAUUUCCUCUCGGGGAAACCACGCGGACUCUUCCCGGGGCUCCUCGCCCCGCCCCAGUUCUCCGCCCCCUCCUCUUUGCUGGGGAGCCGGUGCUAGCCCGCGGCGGGGAGGAGGCUCUGGCAGCCUGGGCCAGGAGGUGGCAGGGGGCCGCGGAGCCGCUGGCUACCAACUCGCCCUGCCAUGUGACGCCGCCCUCCGCCCAGCGACCCCCCGCGCGCCCCGGGCCCGCGCCCGCGCUCUGUCGCGCCGCGCACCAUGCUCCUGCCGGGGCACGCGCGCCCACCGCCAGCGCCCCAGCCAGCGCAGCAUCCCGGCCUCCGCAGGCAGGCAGAGCCUCCCGGGCAGCUCCUGCGACUCUUCUACUGCACCGUCCUGGUUUGCUCCAAAGAGAUCGCAGCGCUCACGGACUUCUCCGGUUACCUAACCAAACUCCUGCAAAACCACACCGCCUAUGCCUGUGAUGGGGACCAUCUGGAUCUGCACUGCCCUUGGCAUUCGACCAUAAGUGUCCAAUCGGCAUUUUAUGGGCAAGAUUACCAAACGUGUAGUGCGCAGCAGCCUGCCUCUCAGAGAGAAGACAGCUUAACCUGUGUGGCGCCCACCACACUGCAGAAGGUGCUGGACGAAUGCCAGAACCAGCGGACCUGCCACCUCCUGGUCAAUAGCCGUGUUUUUGGACCUGACCUUUGUCCAGGAAGCAGUAAAUACCUCCUGGUCUCCUUUAAAUGCCAACCUAAUGAAUUAAAAAACAAAACUGUGUGUGAAGACCAUGAGCUGAAACUGCACUGCCACGAAUCCAAGUUUCUCAACAUCUACUCAGCGACCUAUGGCAGAAAGACCCAGGAGAGGGACAUCUGCUCCUCGGAAGCCACGUGGCUCCCCCCCUUUGAUUGCUUGUCUUACUCGGCUUUGCAAGUAUUAUCCAGGAGGUGUUAUGGGAAGCAGAGAUGCAAAAUCCUCGUCAACAAUCACCAUUUCGGAAGCCCCUGUCUUCCAGGAGUGAAGAAAUACCUCACCGUCAGCUACGCGUGUGUUCCCAAGAAUAUACUCACAGCGAUCGAUCCAGCCGUUGCUAAUCUAAAACCUUCUGUGAAACAGAAAGACGGUGACUAUGGUAUAAACUUAGACCCAAGGAAACCAAGAGUUCUGAGGAAAGAUGGAGUUAUUGUCAGCCACUCCCUGGCAGCAUUUGCUUACCUUCGAGCCCACCCUGAAAGAGCUGCCCUGCUGUUCGUGUCCAGUGUUUGCAUCGGUCUUGCACUCACACUGUGUGCCUUGGUCAUCAGAGUGUCCUGCACCAAGGACUUCCGGGAGCUGCAGCUGGCGAGGGAGCACCUGGUGCCAGGAAGCGACAAAGCCGAGGAGGACAGCCAGGAUGAGGAGGGGGAGGAGGACUCCUCCGACUCCGAUUUUCCGGGGGAACUGUCAGGGUUUCGUAGGACUACAUAUCCUGUCUACAGUUCCAUAGAGGCUGCAGAGCUGGCAGAAAGGAUUGAGCGCAGGGAGCAAAUCAUCCAGGAAAUAUGGAUGAACAGUGGCUUGGACACUUCACUCCCAAGAAACAUGAGCCAGUUCUACUGAAAACCGGAUGCAUCUUGAUAUGAUCACACUUUCUGAAGAGGGAAGGGUUGAGAAUGCCCCUCCAGUUCUGUUUCACUCGUACCUUCUAUGAAGGAGAACUUGUCAUGUCAUCCAAUACUGGGGAAGCCAGAAAGCUCUUAAAGGGACAUUCCAAACUGUUUACAGCGCAUUUCAAAAUAAAUAUGGAGGGAAGAAGUCUUGGUUUUCUGUA